CGUCAUGGGGCGUGUUUAGCAGGCAAGGGCACACUUGUCUAUAAUGACAUUACUCUAAAUUAUUAACGUUUGUUUUUUUGUUUUUUUUAUAGCCGUGUUACUGUUUUUGCCAUUGCUCUACAAACUCUCCCUUCGCUGCAGGUUUAGAAACGUGAUGGUCUCUUGGUGCCUGGGCUAGACUCAGCCCCUGUGGUGAAUGGCUGUGAGCAGAGGCAGCGUCGCCUUGUGGGUGGGUUCGGUCAGGAGCCACAGCAGAAGGCAGUUUAUCAAAAAAGUGCUCUGGAGUCUUAACCAGACCGUUGACUGGCGGUGCUUUGGUCAUACACGACCCUUGAGCAGUGCAUCGUGGGCUCUCACUUCUCCCAACAGCCCGAAGUAUCCAAAUGUUAAGCAUCCGCUCCUUUCACACCCAUUUCAUCAUGCAAGUCAGCCAGAGCGAAGCUGCGACUAUGAGGAGUGGAGCGACUCGGUCAGUGUGUGUGUCCUGGUGCCACAGGUGGAGUCAGGUGUCUCGCAGACCCUGGUGGACAUUCCACUGUUCAGUAACCAGAAAAUGGGACGGCUCCUUUCUGCUGGGUCUGACAGGUCUAUGGAGCUCUUCUUCCCUUUGACCAUGGUGGAUGGCAGCAGAGAGGAUGACAUCAGUAUAGAGACGAAAGUAAAUGUUGUUGAUGGAGUAAAGCGAGAACAUGAGUGUUUCCUAAGCCUUUUUGAAAAAGAGCAGUGUCCAGCACCCUUCACAUAUGGCUCAAGGUUUUAUUGUUUCCAUUGUCCGGGUACAGAGCCGGUGCCUGGUGGCAGGGAGAAAUCUAGUUAUGUAGUUGGAAAUAAGGACAGGCCUUUGGAGGUACCUGUGCUUCUUCCGGCAUCAUUGUGGAGCCAUUCAUGGAGAGCACAGAGAAAUAGUACUGAACGAGAGUCUCCAGGAGAAGACAAGGUCGCCUUGAUGUAUGAAAGACUCAGGAUUGAGCUUCCCAAUUUCUUUAUGAAGAAACAUGAUUACACCAUGUACUCAAACGAUAUGGAAUUCAUCAACGGGCUUUUGAACACCAAAACCAGAGGCCGUGUGUUGUAUCAGCUGACGCUCUCCCUGUGGCGCCUCUUGUGUCUGUGUUACUAUGCGGAAGCUCGGCUUGAGGUCUUGAAGCUAACCAAGCAUAUGGAACACCACACCAUCAAGGCUCGCUGGAGGAUUCGAGGCCUUCCCAUUCACUCUGCACUGCUGCGCUUUUACCGCAAAGACAAAUCUCCCCUAUACAGGUCGUAUGAUGCAUUUUCCACCUUUUACAUCGGGCCAGAUGGACUCAUUCACUGUCAUAAAGUGGAAAAGGUGAUGCCGGUUCAGCCGCCUCUCAAACCCAGAGGAACGUCUCUUCUCUUGGGGGCUCUGGUGGCGCUCGGCAUGCAGGAACAUCGACCUGCUCUCAACCUCCUGCCUCACCUCCUGACCUCUCUCUGACCACAAACUGACAUCGGGGUUGUUAGCAGGAUGAAGAUUGUGCCCUUGACUCACAUGAUGCUGGAACGUUCACAUCAAUUCUUAAAUAAGCAACAGUGAAUAAUGGUUGAAAAUCAUUCUUCCCAAACCUCUUACUCCUGUAAUCCAUUUCCUGAGGCCACCUUGUCAUUUUUGCAAAGGAAUAUGAUGAUCUUGAAGGUAUAAUUGUUUUUGGGUCACAUAAUAAACUGAUAAGUCUGUGUUCAUUUACUGUUUCGCUAUUAAAACUGAAACU